AUCAAAUCGAGCAAAGAAGAAUGAAUCACAAGAAACCUUAUCUCACAUCGGGCAAAGGAAAUAAAAGAUAUCAAGGAUGCAGGCAGCUGCUGUGUGCUUCACAGGGCCAUUGCCAAUUAAAGGCACCAAGACCAUGGUGCAAAGGAGGUCAACUAAGCCACACAGGACUCUCAUCAGCCCAAGGGCUGUGGCCAUUACCACUUCUGAAACAUCAACUAUAGACUAUAGCUCCUCGAUCUCUGUAUUCCCUGUGGAGGCCUGUGAUAUAAUUGGCGGUGAGGCAUGCAAUGCUAGGAUGUUCCCUGAAGCGAAGCUUGCGAUGUCAUCGAGCAGCUCAAAAUCUAGAGCAGCUUUGGAGGAGAUCGACAGAGACUAUAUGGAGUAUAAUGAGCCCAAAACGGUGUUCCCUGGUGAGGCAUGUGAUGAUCUUGGAGGAGAGUUCUGUGAAGCUGAGUACCAGAUGGGGGUUUACAGAGACUAAGUCCUGGCUUAACCAAUGGAUGCACUUGGGUUCUAGCUUGUUGUAAAUGGUCCAUGAUAGAAACUGGAUGAAAUCAAAAUACAGCAUAUUUAUGUAGAGCUGUGUGUAUUUCUUAAAGGUCAUAGAUUAAUAAAGCUUUAAUUUUGAUGCUUUCAUGACA